UCUGAACUCUGAAGAAGAUCACCAAAUUCAGAGAGAGAGAGAGAGAGAGAGACAGAUGUCGGCAACAGGUUGUUACAAGUGCGGCAGACCAGGCCACUGGUCUCGCGACUGCCCUUCUUCUGCUCCCGACCAAAACCCCCAUUCCUCCGCCGAUCGCAAUCCUCCCCCUCCUCGUCCUCCUCCUCCUUCUUCCUCCAAGCCUUAUUCCGGCGGCGGAGCCAGAUUUUCCGCCGGCAGUUCCAAAUCCGCGGAGAAGCCUAAGAAGGUCCCCAGAUCGAGGCCUAAGCUCACGCCGGAUCUCCUCCUCUCCGACGACGGCCUCGGUUACGUCCUUCGCUACUUCCCUCGCGAGUUCAAAUACCGCGGUCGCGGCCACGAGGUUCAGGAUUUGGGAAAUUUACUUCGGAUGUACACAGAAUGGCACUCUCGCCUGAUACCUUAUUACUCUUUUGAUCAAUUCGUUCUCAAAGUUGAGAAAGUUGCUGCUACUAAGCGCGUCAAGAUGUGCCUUAGAGAUUUGAGAGAAAGAGUUGCAAAUGGUGGAGAUCCAACCAAAUUAAACGAAACACCUGUUGGGCAAGAGAUUCCGGCUGAAGAACAAGUCAAUGGGGAAGCAAAUCAUGAAGAACGAGAUUUGUUUUCAGAACCCCAAAAUGUUAAUGACAUGCAAGAGGAUAUGAUUGAGGAGUUUUUUAAUACAGCCACUGAAGAACCAUCUCAAUCAAUGCAGAACGAGCCUGAUGCCAACGCAGUGUCCAAAAGCAUUGCAACUGAAGAGGCAUCAAAUGUAAUCCAAGAUAAGGAAGCCAGCAUGUCUGGCAAAGAUGAGAUAACAGAAGAGCAGAGAGCACGAAUGGAAGAAAAUAGGUUGAAGGCACUCCAAAGGCGUGCUGCUCGAGCCGCCGCCAUAUCACAGGCCUCUUGAAUUCGAUCUCAUUAGCUGUUUCUUACUACUAGUUCAGUAGACCAUAUUUUCCCAUUAGUUGAAUAGUUGGUUUUUGUUGGUCUUGCGAAUCUGAAUGUCAUUUUGAUGCUCGCGAGCAACAAGAUUGGCUUGUCAUAACGGCAAAUGGAUUGGUGUGAGUGAACCAGUUUCAAGUGGGGGCGUUGAGUGUAUUAAGUUACUUGUUUGGUCCUUUAUGCUGACAUUUCAUAGGACCAUAUGGAAGCAUGCUGAUUGCUGAGAAUAUACUUACUUAAGAGCCUAUAUAACAAAAUAACUAGUUGUGGAAGGAAGAGCCGUUAGCUCAUGAAUCGUGAUAACCAUUGAUUAUAGUUGAAGUGGUUUAAUGCUUUUGCCAUCUCUGCGUAAUGAAAAUUGUCCAGUUUCUAUUUC